AUUUUUAACUUUGUCCACCCCAGUCCAACACCAACACUGCCACAUUAUAUGCAGAGUGAGUAGGAUAGACUCCGGUAGAAAUUAAAAUUAAAAAAAAACAUAUAUGGAUGAAUUUUUUUCUGGGUUGAGGAGUCUAGGAGCCACAAUCUUAAGAUAUAACAAGCCAUUUAAGGCGGAGUUGAGCAAAAAUUCCUUCACUCAAAUAACUUUCUCCUGCUCUUAAUUUCUCUAUUUAUCAACAUCCUGCUUCCUUCAGCCAUUGAGAAAGAUUUAGGUAGGGAUUCUAUGAUUCUAGCUACUUGUUUAGAUUGUAAUGACAUCAAAGAUACGAAGAGAAGGAGGAAAUAUGGCAUUGAGAUAGAGAUCAUACUGAAUGGAAGAGGUAGCUUGAAGGGCUGAAUGGCCUACUGUACUGUGUUGUUCUAUGAAAGACUGAGGGGGCUGGUGCACAUGCGCGCCAGCGCGGCCCGUUUGUUUACACGGAGUGCGUGCGGCAGCAGUCACGUGAGCAGAUGACGUGGGCGCGGGGUGUCGAGGCCCUGCUGGCGAGGGAUCAGGUGAAGGGAAGCUCACAGCUUGGACUCCUUGUCCUGGAAUUAUUGGAGAUGGUGCAGUACCUAACAAGGAAUCUUCUGCAGUACAAUGGGUACAUGCUUUCAUCCACGAUGGAGCUAGCAACUAAUUUUUUUCAUGUGGAAUUUCCAAAUUUUACAAAUACUCUACUACAGAAGUUAAACCAACAGCGUCAAGAGGGACAGUUAUGUGACAUUGCUAUUCAAGUUCAGGGCCAUUUAUUCAGAGCCCAUAGGGCUGUCCUCGCUGCCACUUCACCUUAUUUUUGUGAUCAGGUACUACUGAAGAACAGUAAUCGAAUCCUUCUACCAGAUGUAAUGAAUCCAAAGGCAUUUGAAAAUGUUUUGUUGUUUUGCUACACAGGAAAACUUGUACUGCCAGCCACUGACAUUGUUAGUUACUUAACAGUGGCAAGCUUUCUUCAAAUGUGGCAUGUUGUAGAUAAGUGUACAGAACUUUUAAAAGUGUGCCCAGCAGUUCAUUGCCAGAAGUCUAAUCAUUUGAAUGAUCAUCAGUCACCUAGCAGCAGCAAUUUCAAUGGUUCGGUAGAACCUUCAGAACUUGGGGCUGUGGGGCACCCUGAGUUUCAUAGAAGUGUGAAUGGGGAUUCAAAGGCUGAAAAUGGCGAAGACAGCCCCAAAGAGGAUGACAUGUCACCACCCCAAUUAAUGGAUCAUGACAACCUGCCUAGCAAUUCCUCUGGGGAACAUGAUCAUUUAAGUGCAGAAAUGAGCAGUCAGGAUGGUGAGGAAGGAGCAAGCGAUACUAUAGAGUAUCCAUAUACCAGGCCAAUCUAUAGUCGACCUAGUAUAAUGCCUCACAAGCAGUGGGUUUAUGUGAAGCAAGAGAAAUUUGAAGAGGACUAUGGUGAUGGAACAUCAUGCCCUACUGCUGAAGAGCAACGUAUCUCUGAAUCAGAAAAUCUUACUCAGGCUGAACCAGUGAUCCAAUCUUCCAGCAUUGAUGACAGCUUUAAUGUUGUUGCUGCCAAAACCCAGGAGAUUUUUAAAGAUGGUCAUGAACGUAGUUCUUAUGAUGAACAGGUUGAUUACUAUGGUUCAUCACUGGAUGAAUUUUCAUCUGACCGGGGAGAGAUAAAUGUCAGUGCGCACCAUCAGGACCCUUUAAUGGCAGCUGAAAUGCAAGUGAAUCGAUUGCCAGGCUAUGGUGUUGAAGCUGAACUAGGAACGGGUGUCAGCGAAAAGACCUCGCACUCUGGUUUUACAGCUGUUGUUUACAAACUUUACCCUUGUCAAUGUGGCAAAAAUUUUACUCACAAGAGUCAGCGAGAUCGGCACAUGAGCAUGCAUCUAGGUCUUCGGCCUUACGGCUGUGGUGUUUGUGGUAAGAAAUUUAAAAUGAAGCACCAUCUUGUUGGCCACAUGAAGAUCCACACUGGCAUUAAACCGUAUGAGUGCCACAUCUGCAGUAAGAAAUUCAUGUGGCGAGACAGUUUUCAUCGUCAUGUGACAUCAUGCACUAAGCUGUAUCAGGUACCUGAUGUUCGCUGACAAAGCAAAUGGGCCAACUGGCUCAUUGAAUGAUAUAAGGUACUUUAUGUAGUGAAGACAUUUGAAGUGCUUUUGACUCAUUUAGUGGUGUUCUCAUAUCCAGUAGAAAAUCAACAGUCUCAGUAGUGACAGCCUGGGCAUCAGUUGAACUGUGUUGGUGCCAUAACAACACUUAUUUGACCAAAACAUUUUUCCAGUCACGUUACACUUAAGUAUUGCACAAUUGUGAUCUUUGGCGAAUCGAAAUGAAGAGUUGAGCCUUACAUAUAAAACUGAAUGGAAAGAAGGAAAAGCAAAACCAAGAAUAGACUUUGAAUGGUAUUUUGCUAAUAUGUUGUAUGCUGCAUUUGCACACCAAUACUGUUAAAUUUAGACUGGAAGUAUUAUGUGUAGAAAUGCUGUUCAACUAACAAAGGCAAUUCUUUGUAACAGAGGAUUGAGGUAGCAGCUUAAAGUGACUUUGGUUUUCAUGCAAGUGAUUAAACGUAAAAGUGAAAAUUGUCUACAAUCAUUUGCUCUUGCAAAGGGUCUGUGUGGACAUGACAGGCCGAAUGGUCUCCUUUUCUGUAACCAAUCUAGAAUGUUGUACUUGAAGGUUGAAAAGGGUACUGUCAUUGCAAUUACACUUAAAUUGCUCUGUUGUUGAACCUAAUUCUGAACAACAAAAUUAUACCUGGGUUUUAUGAUUUAGUGGUAAGUGGUAAACUCAGACCUCUGGUGUUAAUUAGUUCUAAAUGUGAUCUGUAUGAGUAGGCCACAGGUUAGUUUGCAGACAGCAUAGAAAUUCAAAUUACAUGAAAGCUUCUGAACUUUCAACAAGACUUGUUUGAGAUGUUGGAUGAUGAGAACAACAGUUCAUGAAAAGCUUUGAAUAAUAUUGGAAUAUUUGACACAGUAGCAGUGCGUACUUCAUACUUGUCACAGUUGAUAUCGGCUUUAUAUAACUAAACAUACAGGAGAUUGACAGUAAUGAAGAUAGUCGGUUGAUAGGUAUUUUUUAUUUAUAUACUGUAUAUAUUUGCAGUUGUUAUAUCUUUGGCACAGUAAAUAUUGAACACAAGUAUUGGAUAAUGACUAUCUUAUUGGUGGUUUAAAUAAUCAAUUAUUAGUCUGGUAAGUAGAAGUUUCCUUUCAAUUAAACAUUGCUCAUACAGACAUAGGCCCUUGAAACUGUGACCCAAUAAUAAGACAAACAGUUUUUGGAGGAAAGAGGAUAGGAAUAAACAAGUGAGACAAAAGAUUGCUUUCCAGCAACCAAAGCUGAGAAUGCAGGAUUCAAUAGAACAGCUUUUUGGUCCAAUCAGUAGUUAAUCAAUAUCUUGUAAACAUGCAUAGGAAAGUAUCUAAAGUUAGUUGUUUUCUUGAAAAUGGCCAGCGAUGUUCUGUCUGAAUGAAACACUUGACAAUUACACAUCCAUUCAGUGAUUAACAUUACCGUAAUUAGGCUGGAGGACUAAAUGCAAUCUUGGUAUGAAAUACUUGUACUUUGGGAUUUUAGAUUACAAAAGACUGCAAACAGUUGAAUUUUAAUUUGUAAUAAAUGUAGCAAUAGUUAGCUAUAAACCACCUUGACCCUGAAGUGAUGUGAUCAAUAUAUAUUAUUGCAAAUAUAGUGCUUCCAGUCUGCUACAGUUUUUAUACCUUUUCCAGAAAAUCUCAAUACAGGCAUUCCUCUGUAUCCAUGAGGGUUUUGUACCCGAGAACCCCUGCAGAUGAUGGAAUUCACCGGAGAACAUUAAAAAUAUGUUGAGAUAUAGCAGAAAACAUGAUUUUUGUCCACUGUGUUGAUUUUUGUGAACUUAUUUUUUGGUGGUGAGUUUGCGAUUCAUGAUUUUGUGGAUACUGAGGAUUUCUGUAUUUGCAAGUGGUACCCAUAGAGGACUGCUACUUGUGUAUUCAUAUCCAUUCAUCCUCUGUAAGUUGAGUCACUAGAUAGUUUGGCUCUGAAACACGUUGCUGUGAGUUUGAAAGCAGAUAUUAAUCUGAUGUCUGAGCUUGGAAUUUUAGAAUGUUGUUAAUGGAUCAGCUAGGUUGAUUCAUUGGUGGGAUGUGGAAACAUAGGUUUUCAGUGAGAGUUGGUUGACAUUGACCAAAUGGAUAAGCAGCAGCAAGCUUACCAGUAUUCUCUGCUGACAAGUUGCAGAAUUGUAAACUGUCCAAACUUUAGAAAUGUCCGAAUACAGUUUUGAAGAUUUCUAAUUUUGCCCAGAUUUUCUGGGUUUUGUUAAGUAGUGUGUGCCAUAAGAAGGGAAGGACUUGUUGACUAUAAUUUUUUUCCCAUUAUCAAGAAUCUAAACUGAUUUGCUUUUUAAAACUGCAACCUUUGUGAAUCACAGCUGUAUCUUAAGUUGAAUGGUAAACUUGAAGGUGAAAUAGGUAGGUAAUCUAAAUUAUAAACUUGUCAUAGAUUUUAAUCUGGGCAUAAAAUUGACACUGCAGAUUAGCUGAUUUUUUUGAACAGGGGUUGGGUAGCCAAUUUUCUCUGCUGUUGGUUUGAAUGGAUAUGAAAAUCAGGCAGUUUCCCUAACAGAUAGCCAACCUGGAAUAUCAGGCUCUUGGCCAAGUAGCAAGUUUAAAGUCUAUUCCAUUGUAUUUCAGUUAAGGUUUGUUGCUCAGCCUCAAGUAUUGAAACUUGUAAUGGCUGAUUUCGUAAUUACAUACAUAGGAUCACAUAAAGAAUUAGUGAUAUGAAUGACCGGAGUCUGCCUUUCCAGUACCAGCAGGAUUUAUCAAACAUUGUGGACAAUUUGAUUGGUAUGGGGAGAGAGGGAGAAGGGAUCUGUUUGUGCCUUGACGAUUAGAGGGAGAUCGAAGUGAUGUUUAAUCUUUGAAUUCCAUUGCGUGUCCUUUUCUAGUAACAAGUUAAUUCUGAAAUAAAAUAAAAGGUACACUGUAAUGGGCUAUUUGAGCUUAUUCAACACUUUCUCCACAAAAUAGUCCAUGUCAGAAUCAUACACACUUGCAUGAUUUAACUUUUUUUUUUGAAAAAGGACUGAGAACAAAAUGUCAACACAGUUUAUAUCCCACCAUUUAGUAGCUUUUGAUUCAUUUAUAUAUUUUAAUAAUUUAUUUGUGAACAUUAAAUUAGUCUAGUAAUGAUUUGUAAAGUGCCAUUUUAAAAAUAUACAGUUCAUGAGGGAUAGUGGAUUUUUGUUGUCGGUAGUGCAUGGCUAAGUGAUUUAAUAUUAUUAGACUUAAUUCAUUCUCAUUUUAAACCGGUUUCCAAUAGACCAGCUCAAAACAACUUUUAUAAUCACUUACUUGCUAUUGUAUUUUACUGAAAGCUUCCAACAGAUUAUCUUUACUUAGUGUUCAUUAUGAGAAAGUACAAAUUUGACACUUGGUAAAUCUUUGCAUAUUCAAUCAGUGACUCAGUUUCUUUCUAUCUCUCUCCCUGUGUAUCUCUCUCUCUCUCUCUCUCUCUCUCUCUCUCUCUCUCCCCCCUGCCCAACCCCGUUUCUUACUCCAAGCCCACUUCCCAACCUUCAAUAUACUGUCUUCGCAGACUAAAUAGCAGUCAGUACAGCAAGACCAGGGAAAUGGAAUGAAAGUAUUUAUUUUGGCUUAGGGAAAUAGCACUUAUAUACAACACUGAAUACUCUGCUUCACAUUUGAACUUUAAUGAUUCUAUGUGGAUGUAUUACAGGUAACUAAACUGUUUUGCAACAAACAGUUUCUUCGUUAUGACAACCUGCACCUAAUUGCACAAAGCUAAUUUUGUGGCAUUGUCUUAUUUAAGAUAUAGUCCUUAUUUGAUUGAUACUCUGUAUGUUUCUGAUAUCCUUUGAUGAAUUUUUACGACAAAUGGAAUAAAAUUUGAUUCCCCAUCACCCCAAAAUACCUGCAUGUUCUCUGUUCCUGAAAAAGGUUUUAUUGCUGUCACUGAUCAUAGUAUGUUAUCAUUUUAUACUGGCUUUGCAAAUGCCAUUGCUGCCAUCACAAUGCAUAUAUUACGGGAGCAAUACCUUUGUGUAAUAUGACAGUAACAUUGGGAAAAACUGGUUUGGAAAUACUAUAGGCAACAUGGAAUAAUAAGUGACUACGUUUCAACUAAAACUUGUUAACAACUUCAAAAUAGUAUUUUGAAUCCAUUACUGUUCCAUCAUUUCUCCCAUUAGCCAUUUUCAUCUUUAUUUGAAAUAAUCUAAAAUUAAGUGUAAUAAAGGUGGUAAGUAAAUGUGCACUGAUUAUUUUAUUAGAUUACAGAAUUUUAGUUUCAGAUUUUGAAAUUGAUAGUUUAUUAUAUCAUAGAAUAAUAUAAUUGAUUUUAGACUUUUUAUAUAUAAUAAAAAUGAUGAGUUAAAGCAGUUAUUGUUUUCCAAGGCAUAAUUGACUGGUUACUAACAAAAGACUUAUUGCAGAAAUAUACUUUGAAGCAUUUGAUCAGUGAAUUACAGUAGUUGCAAUAAUUGACUUGCUCAUCUUUUGAAAGACAUUCUCGUAUUAUAACUUCAAAAAUGUGACCUUUUCUGUGAUAAAUAUUCAGUAUAACUCCAUACAGUGAGUUUCAGGCAGUUAUCCUGUCUAUGUAAAGGCUAUGUAAAACUCUAUGUUGUAAUGCUACCAAAUAUCAGAUGUAAACGUUUCAAGUGCUAGCUGCAACAAACUUAGGUUGUGUGAAAUGUAUUUACUAUAGAUUUUUUGAUGCCAAGUGGAAUUUCAGUGAAUUUAAGAAUUCCUCUCUAUUGCACAUCAUUAGUUUGUCAGGUUUCCCAUUGUGUCAAAGUAUUGUUAUCUAUGUGUUAACACGGCUAAGCUUUGAAAGUCAUAAGUUCAGAUAUCCACAAAAAGUACCAUGCACAUCAAGCACAUUUCUGGUACUGAGCUUAAGUCAUUAUGAAUGACUAAGGGAAUAACCAUGAUGCCGAAUUAAGGUACUGUAUAGCAAAAUGCUCAGAAUGUACUAUUGUGUGAUUGUUGCUUGUGUACUAUGCUAUUUGUGACAAUAUAAUCAUUGAAUAUAAGGUGAUUAAUUAGGCUUUUGUUUCAUAUUGCAUCUUUAGUUCUAGAUCCUGGUUCUUUAUUUUUAUUAGCUAUUACAAAAUAUAUAUAGCACAGAGCCUCAAUUUGAGUAGAUAAACAGCAUUUUUGAAUGAUUUGAAAGGUCAAGCAACAAGAAUGCAAUUUUUCCUUAUCUGUAUGAUGAAUCAGGAGAUCUGUGUAGUUUUGCUCUCUCUGGUAUAAUGUUAUGAAUAGUAAUGUUUAUAUAAUUGGCCUUAAAACUACUUUGUUUCCUUCGCAAUUUUCUUCAACCUAUAAAUCAUAAUGCUAUUAAUUCGGUGCCUGUUUUGGAAGGAGAAAAUGAAGCCUUUGAAAAGCCUAUUUAGCUCCUUCCUUAAAUUCCUUCCUUUAGAAAAUAAAAUUUCAAAAUAUGUUUAGCAAUGAGACUACCAUUUUUUUUUAAAAAGUAAAGAAGCUGUGCGUUUAGAAAAUUUUGACACAUAAUGCAUCUUGUCAUUUGACCUUUCUAGCAAAAUGCAAGGCAAACACUGCAAUAUUUUUUGAAAUAUUGCAGUGCUCCAAUACCAGUGUGUAUCAGAAAAAUAUUUAAAAAAGAAGCAUCAAAUUGAUAUUGUCUUCAAAUCUAGUUUUAAAAUCAAGUGGGUCACUACAUGAUAUUCUGUGUUUGUUUAACCUAUGUCGUUAGGUUUUCAAAUAUAAAUGGUCAUUCUUUCUGAACAAUUGAUAUCAAAGUUGUUUAUUAACUGUUAUAUCACAAGUGUUCAUGUUUUGUCUAAUGUUAUUUAAAAAGUGCUGUCAAUGUGAAUUUACACUGAAACUAACCACAAUAAUGUCAGCUAUUAUGUGAAUCUAUUUUUUUCUUUUUGUGGUUUAAUCUUCUCUUUAUAUUCUGAUAAGUAAACAGUAUAUGGCUUGUUUAUUUCAAGUGCCAAUGCUGUGAGUAUUAACUUCUUCUCAUAGAAGAAACUGUGACUGUUUGUAUCACUACAUAGAGUAUAAUAAAUGUAAACGGACUUGGAUGAUUUGCUUGUUUGCUUGUUCCACUUUUUUUCCCCAAAAUAACAGGACUUUGAAUUUCAAUUUGAAUUGAAAAGAAAUCUGGUCUUUGGGUUAGAUUAAGUAGUGUUUAAAGUAAUAGUAUUAAGAUAAGUUCUCUAAUAUGUAUUUGACAUUUGUUAAACUAGAGGAAGUGAACUUAAAGGGGGAUAAUGUUAAAGCAGGGUAGUUUAGCUCGGUGGAAUACUCUCCUGUGUGAUGUGGGAAGUCAGGAUGACUGUGCAGCAGCUACUCAAAACCCAUGUUUUGAAGCUGGACCAGUGAUUGUAUUUGCUGGAGCAUCCACAAGACUGAGAUAUUUGUGGAUAGCUGCAGAGUGUGGCUAUCACAAUACAGGUACAGAGUAAAUGGGCAGAAAGUUAAUGGGUGAGCACCAAACAGUAAAAAACACUAGGUAGGUAGUACCCUGGAUCCAGAUCCCCCUUGAAUAGAUAUUUUCAUUGGGGAUACUACUGGGGGAGAUGGUUCUCUCUGGAUUUCCCUGAGAGACCAAGGCUGUAACACCACAAAUGGCUGCAUGGAUGAGGGGUGGAAGGGGUACAAACAAAAAAGUUGAAAGUAAUAGUGAUAAGGAAGUCUAUUGUAAAGGGAACAGAUAGAUGUUUAUUUGGCUGCAGACAUGGCAUCAGAAUGGUCUGUUGUCUGUCUGAUGCCAGGUCAAAGAUUUGAAUGAGUGACUGCAGAACAUUCUGAAGUGGGAGGGUGAACAGCUAAAGGUCAAGGUGUACAUCAGUACCCAUGACAUCGCUAAAAAGAGAGUGGAAUCCUGCAAAUGAAAUGUGGCAAGCUAGGAAAUCAAUGGCUGGACCUCAGAUAAUAACUCAGGAUUAUUCUCAAUGUCACGUGCUAAAGAAACCAAGGACAGAAAAAUGGACGGUUGAAUAUGAGGCUGAAGAAAUGGUACAGGAAGAGGAUUUAUAUUCCGGCAACAUUGGGACUGAUUCUAGGGAAGAUGAAACCUCUUCAAACUGGAUGUAUUACACCCCAGCAGGAGCAGGAAUGGUAUCCUUGUAGGGGCGUUCACUAGAACUGGGGUAAGAGUUUAAACUAGAAUAGCAAGAGGAUGUGAACCUGAGCUGGGAAACACAAGAAAUGGAAACCGGGAUAGAAGUAAAAGGUGGAAGAUUAGAAAGCAAAUAUGGAAGGCAGAGGAAAGGAGGUUAGCAGCAAAUAAAGCCAUAGUACAAAAAAGAUGUGUAAUAAUGUUAGCUAUGCACCUAAUGGUACUGUAUCUGAGUACAUGGAGAAAUUGCAAUAAGAUAUAUGAAUUAACAACAUAAAUAGUUAGACAUAUGGCUGCAGGAUGACUAGAAUAUCCACGGAUAUUCAGUAUUAGGAAGGGUAGGUAAAAAAGGAAAGGAAGGCUAGCGUUGUCAGUAAUAGUUGAAAUCAACAAUGGUGAUAAAUAAUAUUGGCUUGGAAAUCAUAGAUGCAGAAUCAGUCUUGGUGGAACCAAGAAUCAACAAGGGGCAGAAAACACUAAUGGAUGUUGUCUAUAGGCCUCCAAACUGUAAUGAUAAGCUAAGGAGCAACUUUAAACAGUAAAUUAGCAGUGCAUGUUACAAAGGGGCUACAGUAAUCAUUGAUGAUUUUAAUCUAUUUGUAGACUGGAUUAAUCACAUUAGCAACAAAACAUGAUAAAUUGCUAGCUCUUAAAAUUCUGCAUGCAGGAUUCUACUUUUUUUGUUAGCUACAUCAUUGGUUCAAGAGUUUUUUAAGUCAGUAUGCUGAAGAACCAAUGUGGGAUACAGCUAUUUUAGAUUUGGUAUUGUUCAAUGAGAAGGGAUUAACUAAUAAUCUUGCUGUACAAAGCCUUUCAGUGAAGAAUGACCAUAAUGUGAUUCUCAUUGGGAUAGAAAGUUAAAGAAGUCCAAUCUAAACCUUGGGUCCUAAAUCUAAACAAGGAAACUAUGAAGAUGAGGCAAGAGUUGGUUGUAGUAGAUUGAUUAUUAGAUCUAAAGAGAGUCAGUUAAAGUUUCUGGAAAAAGUAGCAAGCCUGAGAACUGAGAGCAGUUUAGGAUUCAGCAAAUGAGGACCAAGAGAUUGAUUAAGAGGAGAAAAAUAGUGUGUGACAGUAAAUUUGCAGAGCACAUAGAAAUAGACUGUAAAAGCUUCUAAAAAUAUGUAAAAAGAAAAAGAUUAAUGAAGAUAAAGGUCGGUCCCAUACAGUCUGAAAUGGCAGAAUCGCUUAUGGGAGAUUGUGGUGUAAAAUUAUGUCCCAAUACAUGUGUGAAUCAUAAUGUAACACAUGUAUUGGGCCAAGCAGUGGAAUG